CCGGAAGAUGGUAACUGCUCGAGAGCUUGGGCUGUUGACUUGUUUUUACGUGCUGUAGGAUCCAAAACAAACGUUUCGCUGCAUAUUCUAACUGGGAAAGUGUUUACGAUUUCGAAAACUUAUUUUCAUUCUGCGAGUAUAAAAGCAGUCUCCUUCUGACUGAAGCAUCACAGAUCUCCAUUGACUGCACAGUUCUCACAACCACACUCUCACCAUGAAGGCUGUUAUUCUUCUUGCCUGCCUUUUGGUUGCCGUCAUCGCUGAACCUCCCAUUCCCAUCGUUCACCACUCCGACGUACGCGAUAGUGCUGGACAGUUCUCUCUCAGUUAUCAAUCAGGCGAUGGGUCCACAUUCAGUGAACAGGGAGUCCUGAAGCCCAAUGCUGCAGGAGACGACCACGUUCUAGUGAAGAAGGGAUCCUACUCAUACAUCAGCCCCGAGGGAAAGACCAUUUCCGUCGAAUACGUCUCCGACGAGAAGGGAUUCCAGCCUACCGACAAGACCCAAGGUGUAGAUGUAUGCAGUCCCACAGCAAAGAGAUCUGGUCUGUUGAUGAAAAUUAAUAAAAGAUUAUCCAAAGAAGGAGUGCACAUUGCAAUUGGGGAUGGCCUUCCUAAAUUUGUGUGUUCUGACUGUGAGGUUAUAAUAAAUGACUUUACAGAAUUUUGCAAGGUAGUAAAUCAAGUUCAGAAACGUUUAGAAGAUGAAAAACUCGGGUUUGAGGAAAUUUCACAUAAAUCUACUGCAGUAACUUCAGACCCAUUACAAAAGGACUUCAAAAAUCAGCAGAAAAUUAUCAAUAUUGGGUGUGCUGUAUCAGAAAGUAAUGCUACCGUAAGUGUUGGUCCAGAUGGGAAAGUGGAAUGCAAAUUGUGUCUGAACUACUUAGAAGCUGUGGAGCACACCACUUUACAUAUGGUUACUCAUGGCAUUGGCACAGUUAUUUGCUGUUGUCGGAUUUGUGGCCAUCAAGGAGAAUUGGCCCAAUUUCUCAGGUGCAGUACUGGAAGGGAAGAUAAGAAUACAGUGUGGUGUGAAAGUUGUCGAUUCCAACCACCAGCUAAAGUCAAAGGAAAUAAUGACACUAAGCUGAAACCAACCAACCAAAGAAUUCACCGCUGUGAAAUUUGCUCCAAAGUUUUUCAUUCUAAAGCGCAUCUAAAUCGACAUCAAAUUGUACAUAGUGGAGCAAAACCUUUUUUAUGUGAAGUAUGCGGUACUGGAUUCAGUCAAAAGUCAAGUCUGAAGCUUCAUGUUCUCAGUCAUGCAGGUCUGAAUCCUCAUAAGUGUGAACAUUGUGGCCAGUCUUUCAGGUUUAAAGCAUCUUUGCGAUCUCAUAUGAUGAGUCUACACUGGCCCAGUAAUGGAUCAAAUGCAACAAAUGAGUGUGUUUACAGUUGUGAUCAUUGUGGAAAACAAUUUGCUACAGCAUAUAAAUUAAGUCGCCAUUAUCGUUGCCAUACAGGUGAAAGACCUUAUGAAUGUGAUCAGUGUGGUAGACUUUUCUCACAAAGUUGCAAUUUGAACCUCCAUCGUAAGAAGCAUGAAGAAGGCCAGGUUCUCUCUCCACAAAAAGAAACACCCCCAAAUUAUGAUUCUGUCAUGAAUAAAAAACAUUUAUCUGAAACUAUUGUGAGAAAAACCACUAGGGAACAGUAUACUAGCCCUAUUUUGAAUCAACGGCCUAGUAAUCGACAAAAUUCAGCUGCUUAUACAAGAGAAUCGUCUGAAGUUCUUGAUGGUACCCAUGAUCCAAAAUUUCUAGAAACUAUUCUUCAACAUCCUGUUGUGCCCUGCAGUGGUCUUAAUGUGACAGAAGCGCCUCUAACAUCCAUGGACACGGUUUUACUGCAUUCAAAUAAAAAAAAUUCAGAUCAUAGAUCACAAUUUGUUCCUCUGCCUUCACAGUUUGGAGGUGCUUCAUCACAUUUAACUCCCGAGUAUUUAAGCAUUAAUUCAGAAACUGAUGAUAAAAACUUGCAAGAAAAAUCAAAUGCUGAUUUGUUUCCUGAUUUUCCUCCUGAUGAGUUAUUGUACAUCGAACAAACUUCUAAUUUGCCUGCAUCUGCAGCCUCAGAUAACGUAACCCUUCCUACAUUUUCAAGUUUACAAUCAGGUCCAUCUGUGUCAAUAACUAGUACAUCUCGUUAAGUGUAGUUUCUCAUUAUGUGAAUGUAAGUUAAUUGACUUUCGGACUGAUACUAGAAAGAAGAAUUUUGAGUUUUAAAGAAAGAUAUUGGAUGUAAUAGGGACACAAAUUAACACUAAAGAUUAACUAUUAAAACAAUUUAAAACUCUUAAAAUACUUUUUUCCCCCAAAUAAUUACUAUGCAGAUAUCUUUGUAGGUAAAUAUUGGAAGAAAUUGAAGAGGAAAUUAGUGGACAAAUCUAAAUUAAGCAUUGACAAAGAAAAUAUUAAAACUUGCAAGUGUAUUAAUUUGCUUUAAUGCUUACUGUUCUGGGGAAACAUCCAAUACUGGAGUUCGAUUUAUUUAAUUUACUAACUUCAAAUUAAUCAAUAUGAGCAAGAUACAGUAAAUGCAGAAGUGUGUAUCCAUGUUAAAAUGAUAUGUAAGAGCCAAAUCAUUUAUAUAAUUCUGAUUAUUUAAGUAUAAAAGUGUGUUUUCAACUGAAUGUUGUUAGAAUAAAACAUUAACUGUGUGAAAUAAGGUAAAAUAUAGCAUUUGAGGCAUUCUGAGUUCUUCCAAUACCCGUUAAAGUUAUUCUAAAUAUAUUGUUUUAAAGAACGUAUAAUCUUAUUUUGAGUGACUGAAUUCUGAAUUAUUUUUAGCUAACAAAGAAAAUAUAAAAAUUUAAUUAAUGCAUAUUACCUAAAAUAAUGAAUAGUGUAUGGAAAGUUCGGCAAAAUACCUUUUUUUAUUGUGACAAUUUUAUGGCUUUUAUGAAUAGGAUUCACUUAAUUGUGGUGCUGAAUUUUAAGAAUAGGAAUCACUUAAUCUUUUAAAACAACUCCAGAAGUUAGGAAUUACUAACUUCUGGAAUGGUUUUAAAAGAUUUUCAUUUUGCCAAUUGCAGCUUAUGAAGCCUUUUUUUUGUAUUUUGCUUUUUUUUCAUUAUUUUUCUUGUUUUCUCCUGACACUGAUCUCGAUCAAGCUGGAAACGUACCUGCAAGCCUGGUACAAAGAAACAGUCAUGUUUUAUCUUUCUGUGGUAGCAGAGGCUCCAGGGUCAGGUAGUGUGAAAAAUCUAAAUGAGACAAAAAGAUGAGAAAGAUGAUGACCAGUCAAGAUUUUUGCCUUUUUACAUUGAUGUCAUAUGGCUUUGUUCACUCACGGGGAAUGCCUUCCCACUUUUGAAUUUGGCCUCUGAUCCCUUUUGAGGACAGAGUUCUGUGAAUAUGAUUAUCUUUUUCAAAAAAUAUAGUUUGAUUUUCAUGGAUGGCAUUUUAAGAUUCAAACAGGAGACCAUAAUAGCAUUUUGCAGAGACAGCGUUGCGAGUAAAUCAAAAUCAUAGUCAUCACACCGGGUGGUCAUGUGCAAUCAAGAUUACAAAGAAAUUAUCAUUUCCUUCUACAUAGGUUCUAAAGUUAAUUUUAGAGUUAGAAUAAAAAUGUAAAUUAUUUGAAUUAUGUUUUACAAUAAUUUCAUUUAAAUAGUUAUUUUUCAUUUUUUAAAUGUCUUUUUGCACCCCUACUUUAGCCAGAAUAAAUGCCUUUUUGAAUGCCUAUUUUAGGUAAAAUAAAUGCCUGUAUUUCUCAGCUCUAAUAAUGAAUAAUAAUUCAACAAAAUAUGAAGAAAUUAAAACAAAUGUAUUUCAGAUAAUUUGAUUAUUUAAUUUUACUAAUUACAACUCGUCGAAUAUCAUUGAGAAUAUUUUCUUUAUUCUAGAAUGAUGAUCUUCUUUUGGGUUAAAAAAAAGAAACCA